AUGCCAGACAAAAUCUUAGACGACAUUUCGCACCGCCGAUACAAUCCGCUGCGUGGAAGCUGGAUCCUUGUAUCUCCUCAUCGAACCAAGAGACCAUGGCAAGGACAGCAAGAAAGCCCCGGUGUCAUUGACCUGCCUGAAUACGAUGCCAAAUGCUACCUCUGCCCAGGCAACACAAGGGCCUCAGGCGAUGUCAAUCCCAAGUACGACAACACCUUCGUUUUCGUCAACGACUAUAGCGCCGUCAAGGAAUCGCAGGACGACUAUACGUCUCCAGCUGAACCCGGUAGCCUGCCAGGCCUGCUGUUGCAAGCCGAACCGGUCAAGGGUAAAUGCUAUGUCUUGACCUUCAGUGCUGCCCACAACAUUACGCUAGCAGACAUGGCUCCUGGCGAGAUCCUGCCGAUUAUCAAGACGUGGACGGAAAUUUAUACUGCACAUCUAUCUCCCAAGUCACCACUAGUAGGACUGGCAAAACCCACCCAUCUGCCUCCAUCGAACCCUCAUGCAGAUGUAGGACGACCUCAUGAACAGUACCGAUGGAUGCAGAUAUUCGAAAAUAAGGGUGCCGCCAUGGGCUGCUCGAACCCUCAUCCACACGGCCAGAUAUGGACCACCACGUCAAUGCCGGAAGAGCCUCGAACAGAACUGGAGCAGUUAAGGAAGUACCAUCGCCAACAAGGUGGGGGCCAUAUGCUGGUCGACUAUGCCCGACUAGAGCGAGAGAAGGACGAGAGGGUGGUCUUUCAGAACGAGACGUUUUUGGUCAUCUGUCCCUGGUGGGCGACCUGGCCAUUCGAAACCAUGAUUCUGCCAGUCAAGCACAUCCGCUCUCUAGUCGACUUGAGCGACCAAGAGCAAAAGGACUUGGCCGACGCGAUUGCAGAAACAACAAGGAGAUAUGACAACCUCUUUGAGACAAGCUUCCCAUACAGCAUGGGGAUUCACCAGGCGCCGCUCGAUGGAACCCAGGAGGAAUUCGAAUGCUCAAGCCUUCACCUACAUUUCUAUCCCCCGCUACUGAGAAGUGCCACCGUGAGGAAAUUCUUGGUCGGUUUUGAGAUGCUUGGCGAGCCUCAAAGAGACAUCACGCCUGAACAAGCCGCCCUUCGCUUGCGAGAUUGUGGCGGACAGCUGUACAGGAAGAAGCUCACCGAAUCCGAUGGACAACAGGUCCAGAAUCCGCCUGCGCCUGACAAGCCAACUGUCGGACCGGGCUCGUGA